AUCGGCUCAACUCGUUCACGAUAAGCUCCGUUAUUCAAGGUCAGAAAUGUCAAUUGCAACAAAACUGCCCUAAAUAGACUGCUUUUCAUAGGUGACUCUUUUGUUGUGCACAGUGAUAAAUUUAAUAAGUAAAUUGCUAAUGUGGAUCAAGUACUCAUAAAAAAUGGAUAGAAUACUACGAGGCAUAAUGAGAUAUCGUGUUUUGGACCGCGCAAGCAUGGUCAAACAAUUUCAAGCAGUAAAAGAUAAUCCAACGCCUAAAGCAGUCUUCUAUACGUGCAUGGACAGUAGAAUGAUACCAACUAGAUUUACAGAAACUAGUGUUGGAGAUAUGUUUGUUGUACGUAAUGCAGGCAAUCUUUUACCUCAUUCACAACAUUUUAUGGAUGAAAUGACUAGCUGUGAGCCGGCAGGUUUGGAACUGGCUUGCGUCAUAAAUGAUAUAAGGCACAUUAUAGUGUGCGGCCACAGUGACUGUAAAGCAAUGAAUCUUCUUUAUAAACUGAAAAGUAAAGAAGAAUCGAAUAAAGAGCAAAGAAGAAUAUCUCCAUUAAAGUCAUGGUUAUGUACACACGGACAAUCGUCAUUGGAAAAAUUUAUUGAGAUGAAUGGAGAUUUCACAAAACCGAUGCUUUUUACUGCUGAAACACCCCAACGUAAAUUUGUAGCGUACAUAGACCCAGAAAAUCAAUUUUGUAUAGAAGAUAAAUUAUCUCAAGUAAUCCUUCUUAUCUACCUUAUUCAUUUAUGUACUGGUGUUUUAUCAGCAGGUCGGAAGAAGAGGUGAGCUCUAUCG